AUGAAGAGUUUCUUGCUCCCAAUCUUCUCUGGCUUGGCCAGCGCGGCCUUGACCUGCCGUCCCGACGGCCCCGUCGUCCCCAAGCCGCGCCUGCGCGAGGCCGCUACACUGCGCGACGCAGCCGCAAACCUCACCAGGACGCUCGACGCCGCCGUGUCCGGCACCAUCAAGGCCGGCUGGCCCAUUGAGAACGUCUCCUUCAGCGUCGCCGUCGUGUCCAGGGACCAGGAGGACCCGGGCGUCCCGCUGUGGGAGUACCACCACCUCGCGAAGCGCAACGUCAACGGCACCAAGAACAUUGGGCGCGACUCGCAGUACCUCAUCGGGUCCAUAAGCAAAGUCGUCUCCGACUACAUCCUCCUCACUAGCGGCUUGGAUGUCAAUGCGCCCGUCACAAAGUAUCUGCCGAAGCUGAGGGACUCCAAGUCCAAGGUGCACUGGGACGACGUGACCCUGGCGAUGCUGGCGGGCCAGCGGUCCGGCGCACCUACAAAUUAUGGAUUCUCUGAGCAUUACGGUCUCAAGGAGCUGUUUCUGUCGAGUGGAUUUCCGCCCAUUGAUGACUCUGCAUAUCCUCCCUGCGGCGUGUUGGAUCUCAACAAGGCCUGCACAAAGGAAGAACUCUUGAAUGGCAUGCUCAGCUCCUAUCCGGUCGUAGCACCGGGCGAAAGAGCGGCAUACUCUAACAUCGCUUUCACCAUUUUCAUCAUGGCCGUCGAGGAAGCCACGGGGAAGACUUAUGCGCAGUUGGUUGAGGAUGCUUUGGCCAAGUCUCUUCGGAUGAACAGCACGCGGCCCUCUCCUGGUGAUGAUGAGAAGGCAGUCAUCCCUCCUGGUGAGAACUCUUGGGGUACUGACUUUGGACUUAACGCGCCUGGUGGUGGUCUUGUAUCGACCAUCUCGGACCUCUCGCGGUUUGCCUACGCGGUGCUCACGCGCACCACCGCGCUGACACCUGCCCAAACCCGGACGUGGCUCAAGCCAAACGAAUACUCCGGCUCGUUCAGCGCCGUAGGCAAGCCUUGGGAGAUUUUCCGCCACGACAACAUCACUCCCGAGCACCCGCACUCGGUCACCGUCCACGGCAAGAGCGGCGGCGCCCAGGCAUACCGAAGCCAGUUAAACCUCUUGGACGAGUACGGAGUCGGGCUCAUCGUUCUUUGCGCGGGUCCGAUGAACGCCAUUACGCUCCUCAACGAUGUCGUGCUCGCGGGUAUCGCGCCUGCGGUGGACAAGGUCGCGCGAGAGCAGGCCGACAAGGGCUACGCCCGGACGUUCAAGAACAGGGGGGGCAAGGAGGGGGGCAACGCCAACACGGUCGAGGUUGACGCAACUUUUGAAAUGGACAAGGACUCGCUCGUCGUCAAGGCCAUGCAUCGCAACGGCUCGGACAUGCAUGCCGCGAUCACGCAGAUCUGGAACUUGACCAUGGCACAGUUCACCGCCGAGCUGGGCCCCACGCUGCGCCUGUUCCCCACGGACCAGGACGAGAAGACGACGCUAGAUGGGAGGCAGGUGACGCGAGAGGUAUGGCGUCUCUGGCCUGAGCUUGCCGACUGGCCUGCGUCUGACCUGCCCGCCCCGGGCACGCUCCGCGACGACUGCGUGCUGUGGAUGCUGGGCGACUGGGUGCACUACGGCGAGGAGCCGAUGGACAGGUUUCUGUUCUACAAGGACGACAAGGGGGAGGUGCUUGGCUUUGAGGCGCCGUUCCUGCGAACGGGGAUUCUGCGGCCAUCCAAGUAA